CCCGCCAGCACCGCUACCUCCGCCAGCACUGCCACCAUCAGCACCACCUCCACCACCACCACCACUACCACCACCACCACCACCGCCGGCGGCGGCAGCAGCCAUUUCAUCUCCGCAGAAACCAGACACAAAAACAUGGCAGAAAUGGAGAAAGAAGGGAGACCUCCGGAAAAUAAAAGGAGCAGGAAACCGGCUCACCCAGUGAAAAGGGAGAUCAAUGAGGAAAUGAAGAACUUUGCAGAAAACACCAUGAAUGAACUCCUUGGCUGGUAUGGCUAUGAUAAGGUUGAAUUAAAAGAUGGUGAAGAUAUUGAAUUCAGGAGCUACCCUACAGAUGGAGAGAGCCGGCAGCACAUUUCUGUUCUCAAAGAAAAUUCUUUGCCAAAACCAAAAUUACCUGAGGACAGUGUUAUUUCACCAUACAAUAUAAGCACAGGCUAUUCAGGGCUUGCCACAGGAAAUGGACUCAGUGACUCACCUGCAGGGUCAAAGGAUCAUGGCAAUGUGCCCAUUAUUGUACCUUUAAUUCCACCACCUUUCAUAAAGCCACCAGCAGAAGAUGAUGUGUCAAAUGUACAAAUAAUGUGUGCCUGGUGCCAGAAAGUGGGAAUCAAGCGCUAUUCCCUGAGUAUGGGAAGUGAGGUGAAAAGCUUCUGCAGCGAGAAGUGCUUUGCAGCCUGCCGACGAGCCUACUUCAAGAGAAAUAAGGCUAGAGAUGAAGAUGGACAUGCUGAAAAUUUUCCCCAGCAGCACUAUGCUAAGGAAACUCCAAGGCUUGCCUUCAAGAAUAACUGCGAACUACUUGUAUGUGACUGGUGUAAACACAUAAGACACACAAAAGAAUACCUGGAUUUUGGGGAUGGGGAAAGAAGGCUUCAGUUCUGCAGUGCAAAAUGUCUCAAUCAAUACAAAAUGGACAUUUUCUACAAAGAGACACAGGCCAAUCUUCCAGCUGGGCUGUGCAGCACAUUACACCCUCCCAUGGAAAAUAAAGCAGAAGGCACCGGGGUGCAGCUGCUCACUCCAGACUCUUGGAAUAUUCCUCUAACAGAUGCUCGGAGGAAGGCCCCCUCCCCGGUGGCUGCAGCUGGCCAAAGCCAGGGCCCUGGCCCAUCGGCGUCCACCACCGUCUCUCCAUCUGAUACUGCCAACUGCUCUGUCACUAAGAUCCCCACGCCAGUGCCCAAGUCCAUGCCCAUCAGUGAGACUGCAAACAUCCCUCCUGUCUCCGUCCAGCCACCCGCUAGCAUCGGGCCUCCCCUCGGUGUCCCGCCUCGCAGCCCUCCUAUGGUGAUGACCAACCGCGGCCCGGUGCCGCUGCCCAUCUUCAUGGAACAACAGAUCAUGCAGCAGAUCCGCCCGCCCUUCAUUCGUGGGCCGCCGCACCACGCCUCCAACCCCAAUAGUCCUCUGUCCAACCCCAUGCUCCCUGGCAUCGGGCCCCCACCGGGCGGCCCCAGGAACCUGGGCCCCACUUCCAGUCCCAUGCACCGGCCCAUGCUCUCGCCCCACAUCCACCCCCCGAGCACCCCGACCAUGCCUGGGAACCCCCCGGGCCUGCUGCCCCCGCCGCCCCCGGGCGCGCCCCUGCCAAGUCUCCCUUUCCCCCCAGUGAGCAUGAUGCCAAAUGGCCCGAUGCCGGUGCCCCAGAUGAUGAAUUUCGGGCUGCCGUCACUCGCCCCGUUGGUGCCACCCCCCACCUUGCUCGUGCCAUACCCCGUGAUCGUGCCCCUGCCCGUGCCCAUCCCCAUCCCUAUCCCCAUCCCUCACGUCAAUGAUUCCAAGCCCCCCAACGGAUUUUCCAGCAACGGGGAGAACUUCAUUCCGAGCGCCCCUGGCGACUCCUCGGCGGCAGGAGGCAAGCCAGGAGGACACUCCCUGUCCCCGCGGGACUCCAAGCAGGGCUCGUCCAAGUCCGCGGACUCGCCGCCCGGCUGCUCCGGCCAGCCCGCGGCCCCCAAGAAGCUGCUGUCGCCCGAGGAGCCCGUGGUGAGUGAGCUGGAAUCCGUCAAGGAGAACAACUGUGCUUCCAACUGCCACCUGGACGGGGAGGCGGCGAAAAAGCUGAUGGGGGAGGAGGCCCUGGCGGGGGGCGACAAGUCGGACCCGAACCUUAAUAACCCCGCGGACGAGGACCAUGCGUAUGCCCUGCGGAUGCUGCCCAAGACGGGCUGCGUGAUCCAGCCUGUGCCAAAACCCGCGGAGAAGACUGCCAUGGCACCGUGCAUCAUCUCCUCGCCCAUGCUCAGCGCCGGGCCCGAGGACCUGGAGCCUCCUCUCAAAAGGAGGUGCCUCCGAAUUAGAAAUCAGAAUAAGUAAAAGGUUUGUAUGUCCACGGGGGCUCUCCUCUGCAUGAGCCAGUGCACCUCUCCUUACUUCUUACAAGGCAGACGAGAGAGAGAGAGAGAGAGUUAGUUGAAUUGAUAAUCAUGAUUUUAUUUCACCUUACAUGUUUUACAGUACACUUUGGUCACACACUAUCAUCAUUUUGAUCCAACAUCAUUCCCAUUUUACAGCUGAGGAAACUGAGUCACAGCAUGUAAGUGCUGUGCCCAAGGCCACUUACUUAAUGGCAAAGUCCAGUUUUGAACCCAACUUGCAACACUGUCUCCUUAAUUACACUUUUAUUAUUAUGCUCAUCUCUGUAAUUCACCCUGUUGAAGAGGAAGAGGUGGGGAGGAAGGAGUGAUUACUUGGGGCGAGUAGAUGCUCAGUCAUGAGGUUACAGGGCCGUGGUAAAAGGUGAGCUGGGCAACUUCCGGCGACUUCCUGGAGCUAGUGUACUCAUUGGCAGAAUGUCUUAACUCGCCAAAUUUUCUUAAUAACCACAGGAUUCCAUUUGCAAGAUGAGAAUAAAAACUUACCAUUUUGCAUGCUUAUGCCAACUGCACCCAAGCCACUAAACUUCUUUUGCCUGGCAGGGCGUCGUAGCCAUAGCUCAUAACUCCUCUUCACCGGAUCUCUUCAUUUGUCACCAACCAGCAUUCCCCAGGGCAGGCUUCAAGCAUUCACAGACCAGCUUUGCUUCUUCCCAGUUUUUGAGCUCAGCUGCUCAUCUGGUGGGCUGCUCACCUCAGCUGACAGUGGGAGCUUUGGCAGGGGAAAGGGCCACAUUGCUGAAGGAGGUGAGAUGCACAUUUCUGACCUCAGUGGGGGAAUCCUGUUUAAUGCCAAGUGAGCCAAUAAUAAUGAUUUUCAGUAAGAGGAAGGGAACUAGCAUGUGUGACAUACUCGCUAUACCCAGAUAUGGCCUCAUUUGAUCCUCCUGCCAAUCCUGGAGGAAUAGGUAUCAUCUGCAUCUUACCAAGGAGGAAGAUGACACUUGGAGAUGUGGCCCAAGUUGGUGAGUUGGGAAACCAGUAUUCAGCUCAGGCUUGCUGAACCCAGAGCCUGAACUCUACCCUCUACCCCUGAGAGCAGCAAACGAGCUAACUUUCACUUUAGGUCUGUCAACUGUUAAUGUAGAAGAAAGGAAGAGAAAAGAACAUUUAUUGAGCACCUCACUUGUACACAGCUCCUUCUAGGAGCUGGGGAAAUACAAAGGGGAAUAUGAUGCAGUGCCUGUGCUUAAGGCAUUUACAGUUGGCGGGAUGGAAACCAGGGAAGAAGGAAGCCUGGAUAGGAAAAGUGGACCUCCUGGGAAGAAUAAUCGCUCACAUCUAUGUAUACAGGACCUCUUCUAAGUGUUUCUCAGUGGUAUUUAUUUGUAUCCAGGGCCAUAUGACAAUUAUUAAGGUCUUUAUUUUACUGGUGAGGAAACUGAGACAUUAAGUAACUUGCUCAAGAUCACCAAGUUAAUAAGCAUAGUCGAGAUUUACGUCCAGGCUGCCUGAUUCCAGAGCUAUACUUUAUUAUAAGAGAAUUGGCUAAUUUGUCCCUUUAUGAGCCUACUUGAUAAAAUUCUUUUACACCUCAGUAGCCUUGGGGAAAGUUCCUAGAGAAAAACCAAGCUUACCUACCAACUUCUCUAAGUGUUUAGACAGUGUCCAGUGUUUUUGUUUUUGUUUUUUUGACAGUGUUCAAUUCUUUUAUUUUAUUUUUUUUUCAGCAGCAACAACAGAUCUAGAAUUCCAACCCAUUACUCCACAGUGAGAAAUAUAGGUGUGGACCAGAACACUUGAUGUGGCGUGUCCAAAACGUUGUCUCUAAGUCCACCAUAUUUACAUGGGCACAUACCUCACUUAUAGCCAGAGUUUGCUUGGGAAGCACAGAGCCAGAGCAAGGGGGCUUGUUGGGUGGUACAAGAUGGGAUUCUCAGCCCUCAUAGUUUGAGGUUUUCUUUUCCAUUGAUGGCUUUGCUCGUAGGAGCAGAACACUAAAAAUCAGUUCACCAUUCCUUCUUGAUUUUACAUCUACAAGUUCUGCUUUUUAAGACAGAUGGCCUCAGCCUUCUCAUCGUCACCUCAAUUGAAAAUGCCCCUGCUUUCUCCACCAGAGUAAUUUCAUCUGGUUGACAAAGCCGUGAGUCAUGGGAAGAUGUGGGACAAAAAAAGUGACGGCCUUUAGAAAGCCCGAAAGCACUGGGAAUUGUAAUUUUAAACACAUUCUAGUAUCACUCAUUCAAAUGACAAAAAAGGAAGACGGGAAAGGUGAAAGAUUUUACUGCCAUUACUGGAGUGAGAAGUGACCAGGUCAAGAAUAGUGCUGCUGGUCCUGAAGUAGCAUGGGGCCAAAAGAACAUAAAAGCAUGAAAUAUAUGAGGGCUAUUUGGAUGACAUAUGUUUCUGAAUAAAGAAUCAGGCAAGGAUCUUAAGUGUGGACCAGAGUUGUUACUAAAAAUAUUAACCUGGCUUUAGCCAUUUCCAGAAGAUGCAAUGAUGAAAUUGCCCAUAGCCCCUUGAGAUUAGCAAGUUCUUUUUAUGAGUGGUCUCCCAACAAAUUACAGCUUCUCUCUAAAGUGAGAGACACUCGGGCUUUGCCAGCUACAGUGGGGUGACAAGGCAAAUGAUUUAAGAUGGAAGAACCGCCUAUCCGCCAUUAAAUCACAUUUCCUCUUGCCCUCUGUAGUUAUAUGUCACCUCAAAGCACAGUCUCAACCUGCCAUAAUUCACUCACAUUCUCUGACCCCUCCUGAUUUUCUGUGAACACAUGGCGCUGUUUUUCUUCCAUGCCUUCAGAAACCGAGCCUGUUUGUAUGGUCGCGGAAAUUGGAAAUACAUCUGUUAAAUAAAGGACUACAUGGCUUUUGUGCCCUGACAGUGAA